UAAACCAGUUAUUGAGUUAAUGAGUGUAUGACAAGGUUCAUCUUGUUGAGUAUUUACGAAAUACACAUUGCUUAUUUCAUUCAGUUGAACUUAUGCAUAUUUACGAGUGUUUUAAUAUUUUGAAUUUAUAAAAAUCUUUGGAUACAAUGAAAGAUUUUUUUUUUUUUAUUGUUUGUUUGGUCAUGUCAGUAGUAGUACUUGCUGCUACUACUAGAUCUCAAACUAAUGCUAAUGCAAAAGACAAAUUAUUGACUCAAAAAGUGUCAGAUAACAAUGUACCAGAUUUCCAUGCUUUUAAUUGGAGAUUAUGCAAAGCUUUGCAUGAUGUUGAGAAGAAUAAUGCAGUUGUAUCUUCUAUAAGCGUUAAGUUGGUGCUGUUGAUGUUGUAUGAAGGAGCUCUAGGGAAUACAGCUAAACAAAUAGAACAAGUUGUUGGAAUAAUUGGUCGUAAACAAAGCAUAAGAGAACGGUAUUCUCAAAAAUUGCAAUCAUUACAAAGUCAUGGCGAAGAUGAUUAUGAACUAGAUAUUGGUACUAAAUUGUUUAUGGAUGUAUCGGUUCAACCAAAAUCUGAUUUUAUAGAAACUAUAUCUAGAUGGUAUAACUCAACUUUUGAGUUGGUUGAUUUUAGUAAACCUGGAAAUGCUGUAAACUCAAUAAAUCGGUGGGCAGAAAACCUUACUCAUGGGCGUAUUCAGCAACUAAUAUCUGAAGCCGAAACUAAAGAAAGUACUGUUCUUCUUUUAUUGAAUGCUAUAUAUUUUAAAGGAUAUUGGACAAUUCCAUUCGAUAAAGAUCUUACCAAAAUAGGUACUUUUUAUUUAAAUUCAAAAACUACUGUUGAUGUUCCAUUGAUGACUACUUACAACUAUUUUAAAUUAUCUACCAUUGAAUCACUUAACGCUCGAUUAAUAAGUUUGCCGUAUCAGGGAAACAAAUUUGUUAUGUAUAUAAUAUUGCCAGAUGUAAUUGAUGGUUUAGAUAAUUUAAUUAAUAGAAUUAAUCCAUCAUUGCUAGGAGAUUCAAUAAAAAAUAUGAAGAUGUUUUCUACAAAAGUUGUGUUACCAAAAUUUAAUUUUGAAUACACAUCAAUUCUUGGACCAUUAUUACAAAAGUUAGGUAUUACCGAUAUGUUUGGACCAAACGCGAAUUUAACAAAUUUAGGGAAUGAUGGCCUAUUUGGCAGUCUUAUUGUGUCCAAUAUACUUCAAAAAGCUGGACUCGAAGUAAAUGAACAAGGAAGUACUGCUCAUGCUGCUACUGAAGUUGAUUUAGAUCACCGUUUUGGGGUAUCCAUCGAAGCUUAUUUUGAAGUCAAUAGACCAUUUUUAUUCAUGAUAGAAGAUAUUACCAUGGAUACUAUAGUAUUUGUUGGACAAGUUAUGAAUCCACUUUCACAAGGUGUACCUGUAGUCUCUAUUCCAAUUGUUAACACUCCAACUCCAAUAAAAUCUGUGGGUGAUAUUGAAUUGAAAAUGAAUUCUGAACAAAAUGUUGACUUCCAGCGAUUUAGUUAUUUUGAUAGAGAACUAUUUCAAGAACUUAGCUCUAACCAACCAGACUCAAAUUUUGUAAUUUCUCCAGCUAGUAUUAAAAGCAUGUUAACAUUAUUAUCGGAAGGUGCUCGCGGUGAUACUUUGAAUCAAUUAAAUAGUGUUUUACGUUUACCAACUGACCAAUCAACAUUUCAUAAUGUAUUACGUAUAAAUCAAUUAUCUAUGGAGAGUAAUAUAAUUGAUUUAGUAGUUGUCAACAACAUAUUUGUCAAGAAUAAGAAUAGUAUAUCUAAUUAUUUCAAAGAUACUGCAGAAGAUUUAUACUCUGCUAAUAUAACCGAAAUUAAUCUUCUUAAUAUUGAAGCAUCAAUUAAAAUGAUCAAUAAACAAAUUUCUGAUGCUACACGAGGACUUGUAAACAGUGUAAUUUCUAAAGAUGAUUUUGAUGGAAAUACUGAACUUUUGUUAGCAAAUGUUCUUUAUUUCAAAGGAGAUUGGUUAAUUGAAUUUAAUGAAAGUAGUACUAAAAAAGAAUGCUUUUACACAAAACCUAAUAUGUGUAUUGACGUUAAUAUGAUGAAUUUACAAAAUCAAAUAAGAUAUGGAUAUGUAUCAGAUAUUAAUGCUCAAGUUGUUGAACUCCUAUAUAAGGAUACCAAUUUUUGUAUGCUUGUAUUAUUGCCAGAUGAAAAUACUACAUUUUUACAAUUAUUGAAAGAUUUACAACACAAUCCUUUUUCUAAAAUAUUGAAUUCACUUUAUCAAAGAACUGUCAAUUUGUACUUGCCACGGUUCACAGUUAAUUACUCGACUAAACUAUCAUCUGCACUUAAAAAGAUUGGAUUAACAUCAAUGUUUAAUAGUAAUGCAAAUCUGUCAUCAAUAUUUAAUCCAGCAAAACAGGUAUUUGUGAAGGAUGUAACACAUAAGGUAACAAUGGAAGUUAAUGAAAAAGGCUCCAAAGCUAGCGCAGUUACAGUUGUUUCUGUUAUACCUCUGAGUAACAUACCACAAUCACCACCCGUGUCAGUGAUUGUAAACCGGCCUUUUAUUUUUUACAUUUUUAACCGUGCUACUAAAAAUAUACUAUUCAGUGGCCAAAUACAUAAUGUAAAUAGUAAUAUUUUUACUUAAUGAUUCAAACCUAUUGGAUGUGACGUGGACAAAUCAUUAUGAUGUAUGAUGUACCCCUUUUUUACCAAAUUAACUCGAUAACUAUCAUCUAAAGAUAAUUGUGACAUUAUUUUUAUAAUAAUUAAUUUCAGUUUUAGUUUUAUUCAGAAUAUAGAAUUGUUUUUAAUUAAUUUGUAUCAAAGAAAAUAAAAAUAAUUUAUAUUAAA